AUGAAGCAGUCAAAAUUAGCUCUUGCAAUUAACGUAUUUGAUGAAGGAUGGUUGUAUGCAAAGUUCAACAUUGACAUUGGACCUGUCAUUCGUUAUCAGUUUGUCAUUGAGAUUCCUGACGACCAAAAUGUGGUAUCUCCAGAAUGUUUUUCUGCAUUUUCGGCUGCUAUCAUUCCUAAAGAUGAAAUGUUGAAUGGUCUCGUCAAGCUGAAUCUGCUAGAUUUCAAGGUUAUGGGGCAUCCUAUCGGAUUGAGUAAGUGA